GCUGGAACGGCAUAUACUGUUUAACUGCGAUAUUAAGAUGAGUGCAGACACGUUGGAGCAGUCAGAGGCUGCAGUUGAACAGGCAGAGCAAAAUGGAAUUGACUUCAAUCGACAAAUAAAGACAGAGGAUAUCAACGACUUGCCUCAUUCAGCUUCCACGCUGAAGACAUGUCACCUGACACAGAGCUCUCCAGUGCCUGGAGGCCAGCUGACAGGGGAUCUCACCUCUCUCCACACCAUGCAGCAGUUGGUUUUGAUGCCGCCGUCCCACCUGUCGUCGCCCUCCCUCUUCCAGCUCUCCCAGAACUCGACCAAUCACCAAGGUGAACUGAACCUGCUGUCCCUACCUAGCCAGAGUCAAACCAGUCUUCUUCAGCAUCAGCCUGGACUGGCUUUGACUCCACAGGGUAUGAGUCGCUCCAGUCUGGCAGGACCAUCUAUGGAGAACCACAUGGACAUGUCUCAUCUGCAGAUGCCUAAACAUAUGUCAGUAGCACCACAGGAAGAACCCAGUGAUCUGGAGGAACUGGAGCUGUUUGCUAAAGCAUUCAAACAAAGACGCAUCAAACUAGGAUUCACUCAGGGAGAUGUGGGCCUCGCAAUGGGAAAACUGUACGGCAAUGAUUUCAGCCAGACUACAAUCUCUCGCUUCGAGGCUCUCAACCUCAGCUUCAAAAACAUGUGCAAGCUCAAACCAUUGCUGGAGAAAUGGCUAAGUGACGCAGAGAAUGCACCUUCUGACUCAAUGACCAACCCUCCCUCUUUACCACCCCUGAUGGAGGGCUAUGGGCGCAAACGAAAAAAGAGGACGAGCAUUGAGACGAACAUCAAGGUGACUCUGGAGAAACGCUUUCUUGAUAACCCUAAACCCAACUCUGAGGAGAUAUCCCUGAUCUCAGAGCAGCUGUCCAUGGAGAAGGAGGUGGUUCGAGUUUGGUUCUGCAAUCGACGUCAGAAGGAGAAGAGGAUCUACACCCCUAGUUUACCUGUCAAAUCACACAGCUACAGCUCCAGAGUGGUCUCAGCAUCUAGACCCUACAGCCCUCUGGCUUCAGGCGGAUUGUCAUCAAACUCUUCUCCAAAUAGCAUGAGCCGUGAAGCUUCUCCUAACGGUCUGUCCACACCCUCUGCCUCUUUAGCGUCUCAGGUCAACCAAGCUUCCUACAGCACAGGGACAUGGUACCGCGGAUGGACCCCUGCUGCAUUUCAUCACUGAAAAAACAAGAACUGUAUCAUACAAUUUUUUUUUCUUUUGAGAAGGAUGUGCAGUGAAGAUGUGACAAAGUAACACAGCAUCCCUGUUAUGAACAGGGUUACAACUACAGGCUAAACCUUACAUGGCCCCUUAAGACAAAACAGCAGUAUAAGCAGAGGACUGCAACACACCACACUGCUCAUACAAGUCCCAACAGCCUCGUGCUGUUUGAUUUAUGUUCGUGUGACUCUUUACACUGCUUCAAACAGCUGCAAUGAUGAAGAAUACACAGAAACACACACAAUGACAGACAUCACAAACACUGGUGGAAAUUCUCAUGUUCAAGUCUAUGUGCUUAUGGCUUGAAUUUAUAACUGUCAAAUACUGUAUUUAAAUAUUGAAGGAUUCAGGUGUACAUUGACUGUGUGUUGAGCUAUUUCUUAUGCCAUUUUUAUACUGGGCUACAAUGAUCUCUGUUGUUGCUGUUAAUAUGUUUUUAUGUUAAUAUUAUCCUCUUAAUGCGGUGUUAGUGAAUUGCUAGCCUAUCUAAAUAAGUUUGCAGCCAAAAACAGGAUUUGAGGGUGCAAAAAAGCCAUAUAUUGACCAAUACAUCAUCAGAACUGGAAUUAUUAUGGAUUAUU